AUGCUACUGCAAAAUAUAUACGAGAUUUCAAUUUUAUGCAACAAGAUAAGGUUAAUAGUUAACGAACUUGGCAACAACGUAAUUGGAGCGACGACAGUGACCGAUAGAAAUAUUGGCGACAAAGUGUAUGUUUCAAGAACGACGAUAGUGACCGAUAGAAAUAUUGGCGACAAAGUGUACGUUUCAAGAAUGAACUUGAUCCCUCCAGAUUUAGGAUUGUCAUUGAAGUUCCAACAGAAACAAUUUCUAUUAACAGUGUUUAAGAGUCGUAGUGGCCUCAUGGUUCUAAUUCUGGACAAAGACGGCAAUCCAAAGUCAUCAACAACAAAUAUCACUUGA